AUGAGUGAGGACCUGAAACCGCUUUGUCGCUGGGGGCUGGUGACAGAGACGGUGUGGAGCACCUCCUCAGGCCACUGUCAGAUCCCCCGCCUUGCUGCGUCCAAGGAGGCUGAAGCUGCCCGCUCCGCGCCCAAGCCUAUGUCACCCUCGGAUUUCCUGGAUAAGCUAAUGGGGAGAACCUCUGGAUACGACGCCAGGAUCAGGCCCAACUUUAAAGGUCCCCCAGUGAAUGUGAGCUGCAACAUUUUCAUCAACAGCUUCGGUUCCAUUGCAGAGACAACUAUGGACUACAGGGUCAACAUCUUCCUGCGGCAGCAGUGGAACGACCCCCGGCUGGCCUACAAUGAAUACCCGGAUGACUCUCUGGACCUGGACCCAUCCAUGUUGGAUUCCAUCUGGAAACCCGACCUGUUCUUUGCCAACGAGAAGGGGGCUCACUUCCACGAGAUCACCACUGACAACAAACUGCUGAGGAUCUCCCGGAACGGAAAUGUCCUCUACAGCAUCAGAAUCACACUAACACUGGCCUGCCCCAUGGACUUGAAGAAUUUCCCCAUGGACGUCCAGACGUGCAUCAUGCAACUGGAAAGCUUUGGCUAUACCAUGAAUGACCUGAUCUUCGAGUGGCAGGAGCAGGGAGCUGUGCAGGUGGCAGAUGGACUAACUCUACCGCAGUUUAUCCUGAAAGAGGAGAAGGACCUGAGAUACUGCACGAAGCAUUACAACACAGGUAAAUUCACCUGCAUCGAGGCCCGGUUCCACCUGGAGCGACAGAUGGGCUACUACCUGAUCCAGAUGUACAUUCCCAGCCUGCUCAUCGUCAUCCUCUCGUGGAUCUCCUUCUGGAUCAACAUGGAUGCCGCCCCAGCCCGCGUGGGCCUGGGCAUCACCACCGUGCUCACCAUGACCACCCAGAGCUCUGGCUCCCGAGCAUCCCUGCCCAAGGUGUCCUAUGUGAAAGCCAUUGACAUUUGGAUGGCAGUGUGCCUGCUCUUCGUGUUCUCAGCCCUACUGGAGUAUGCUGCUGUCAACUUUGUGUCUCGGCAGCACAAAGAGCUGCUCCGAUUCAGGAGGAAGCGAAGACAUCACAAGGAGGAUGAGGCCGGAGAGGGCCGCUUCAACUUCUCUGCCUACGGGAUGGGCCCAGCCUGUCUGCAGGCCAAAGACGGCAUCUCUGUCAAAGGCGCCAACAACAACAACACCACCAACCCUCCUCCGGCACCAUCUAAGUCCCCGGAGGAGAUGCGAAAACUCUUCAUCCAGAGGGCCAAGAAGAUCGACAAAAUAUCCCGCAUUGCCUUCCCCAUGGCCUUCCUCAUCUUCAACAUGUUCUACUGGAUCAUCUACAAGAUUGUCCGCAGGGAGGAUGUCCACAACCAGUGACGGGUCUGGGAUGGAGGGGCGGGGGGGAGGCUGGGAGAGGGCCGAGUGGGAACAGCACAGGAAUCUGAGAGCCUAGGGAAGAGGAGGAGAAGAGAGGGCGGGGGCGCACAUACACAACUCCCUCUCUCUCUGCGCUCCGUGCAAUAGCAAAAUGCAGUGAUGCAUGAAUCUUAGAAUGUGGCACUAUCUAUUUAAC